UGGCAGCAAGCAAACGUCAUUGAAUCAUUUGCAAGCCAUGCUUCGAUUGUCCAAGCUUUCUUUUUUUUCUUAUCAGUCGAUUUCAGGCGACUUACAGAAUCUAGAUUCACUUCACCUUGAGCGGGUAAACAUUAAGAGAUAACCUGGAAACCUUUGCCUAAUGUUGACCACGUAAGCCAAAACAGAGUGGAGGGAGUUUUAAUGAUGAAAGAUACUGCUAAGGAUCCUGAGUCUCCUUUUGGCUGGGACCUUGUAAAUGAUCUAGGUGCCCUUCCAGACGACGAAGAAGCAAUUGUCUCGUAUCUGGAGGGGCGUCACAAGAGAGGAGAAAUAUACACCUGGGUGGGCUCGCUGCUUCUUUCGAUACACCCUGGGGAUAAGGAAACUGCAGGGUUGUACGAUGAUGGACGAGUCCAUGCUUUUGCAAAUAUUUCAUGUGCUUCGGGAAGUGAGAUUGCACCUCACAUAUUUGCAAUCACUGCGAAGGCUCGACACAGAUUGCUCCUGGGAUUGGGGAAAGUGUCGCAGGUGAUAGUGAUUAGUGGUGAGAGUGGCACCGGAAAGAGCUUCAAUGCGUGCCAAGCUCUGAACUUUUUGGCAGCCGUUGACAGGGAUGCUGCUGGUCCACGUACUCCAUCUAGGCUAGUGGAUGUAACGAAGAGGAUCGGUGGGGUGUGUCCCUUAAUAUCUGCAUUUAGCACUGCGAACACUGAAAGGAAUACUCAAAGUUCCAGGCAUGGCCAGUUGAUUCGCCUUCUGUACGAAAAAGGUGUCAUCCAUGGAGUGCAGAUAGAUUCGUUUCUGCUGGAAAGGAGUCGAGUCACCAAGGGCUGCGACAACUUCCUAAUAUUUUAUCAGAUGUUGGCUGGUUUGUCGGAGUCAGAAUUAGAAACUCUUGGAUUGACCAAAAGCACGGAAUACAGAAUCCUAGGCUGCAGAGAAAGCACCGAUAAGUCUUGUUACAUGGAAGGAUUCAAAAAAACUGUUCAAGCUAUGGAAGAACUAGGAUUUUCUGAGGAGCGAAGGAAAGAUGUCUUCAAAGUUCUUGCUUCGUUAAUUCACAUGGGGAAUGUGAGCUUCAGAGAGAAGGAUGGAAAGUGCUCGGUGAACUUUGACGAUGAAGGAUCAAGGAGAGCUCUUGAAAGCAUCUCUAACCUCACUACUCUGUCCAUCGAUGAUGUUGCGGAGCUGUUCACCAGCAUUUUAAUCUGUCCUCAAAGUUGGUGGAGAAGGUACACUGUGUACCGCAGAGACUUGACAUGUGUAGAGGCCUGUCAAGUUAGAGUGUUUAGUAUCGUCAAAUGUCUGUAUGAAAGAUUAUUCCAUUGGCUUGUGGAUGCAAUAAACCAAGUUUUAACAGCAAAAGGAGACCAAAGAGAUUGGUUAGGAAUUCUGGACAUUUUUGGCUUCGAAUCCUUCUCGGUAAAUGGCAUUGAACAGCUCUGUGUCAAUUAUGCCAACGAAAGACUGCAACUGUACUUUAUGGAGGAACAUCUGGAAUCCGGAAGGCGAGACUUAAGAGAGGAAGGACUGUGUGAUGUGCCUCCCAUGAUAAACGUAGACAUCUAUAAAGACAGACUUUUCGUCAUGGAAACCAUCCUUUUCUCAGCGUUAAACGAUGCAUGUCAGUCUCCAGUAAUGCCAGAUAUUAAUUCCCUGCAACAGCAAGUAUUCUGGAGGAGAGACGAGGCAAAACGAUUUCUGUCCACUACAAAGGAUCUCUUCGUCAUCAAGCAUUAUUCCAGUCCAGUGGAAUAUCGAUUGGAAGAUCUGCUAAAUAAGAACAUCGAUAAGGUCCCAACUGACCUAGCUUCAACUUUCACUCUGUGCAAGAAUAAGUUAUUCCGGGACUUGGCAAAUGUUGAGGAGAACGAGUUAACAGACAAUGGCCGAGUUUCAGUGAAAAAGUGCACUACUCUAGCAAAACUGAGGGCUAGAUUAGAUACUCUCCUCAAGGAGCUCAGGAAAUGUGAUUCUCAUUAUGUUCGCUGUGUAAAACCAUGUAACGUUGGAGAGCACUGGGCAAAGGAUGUAGUUAUAAAGAGGCUGGCAGAUUCUGGUGUUUUGGAUGCAUUACCUCUAGCAAGAUGCAAAUACCCAGUAUACUUUUCGUACGAAGAGUUUUGCAGACGUUACCCCUUACUCUCUUCCGAAAAGCAUGAUCCAAAGGUACGGUGCAAGUUUACGAUAGAGAUGGUGACCAGUUCAAAGGGGUCGAAGUCAAAGGCUUAUUUUGGCAAUCGAUUUAUUUUUCUAACGGAGUCAUCUUUCUUCGAGAUGGAACGCUUCAGGAGAAAAUACCGAUCUCAAUGUGCUCGUAGGAUUCAGCUUUUCUGGAGACGCAGACGCCUUAGGAAUGUAAUAUUUCAUAAAGAAACAAAAGAGGAGUCUCCUGUCAAUGGCUCCAAUCGCGGUGAAGGUUCUUCUGCUACCACGGAAGAUGAAGUUUUCCUUUGCGAGGACGUCGAAAUAGAGGCUCAUCCUAAAUUUCAAAAUCUGCCCAUUAUUUACGUCAGCAAUUGUGAACAAACGGAACGACUUAUAACGUCUAGGAACACUGGAGAUGAAAAGAAUGAGAUGAAUAGAAUUAUAGAUUCACUGGAGAAGUCCAGAGAAUCUAACGAGACAUGCUACAUAGAGUUACUUCCACAGGCGAAAAAGGAAUACAUAAAGCAGUGGUUAGAUAGCAUCUCCACUAGCAUGGAGUCUUCGGAAUCGGAACCUCCAGACAGUGUCGUUACAAUUUUAAUAAGAAAUUCACCUUCCAAAAGUACCCAUAAUAACCACAAAGACCCAUUCUCUCCCACAUUCGAUCGGAAUCAGGUGGAGAACAAAAAGAAUUCUCCAUGUUGCAAAAAGAAAAGGAAAUUCAAUUUCAGUGACCCUGUGGAGUUUCUUUGCAAGCUUGGAAAAGGUCGACUUGAAGGCAGGGCCUAUGUUGUCAGCAUGGAGGGUUCGAUGAUAUUUUACAAAGCAGGCAUUCUUAGUCGCAGACGACUGUGCCAGGUACCGGUUAGAUUUCACACGAGGUUCACUUGUUUUCCAAACUCUCACAGAAUACCAUGGUCAGAACUGCCCCGAGGUCUGCAAGAUUGUCUUUGACAUCGAUAUACGUUAUAACACAAUUUGAGGAUUUUUCAUUGUUUUACUUUAUAUGACGAACACUUUUUAUAUGGCCUCCACAAUGAUGUAAGUGGAACGUUGCAGUAUAUUCAUCUUUUAGCCUUAGUAAUUCUUAUUAACGUGUAAUAAAGA